AUGGCGUGGGCAAGACACGCGGCGUCCAGAAACUUCCUCCUGUUUUUCCUCGUCGUCGCCCUCGCAACCAGCGCCAACGCGAGAAUUUUCAGGCAGCCCGUUUUCGGCCGCCUGCUUCCGUUCCCGGGAAGACUACGAUGCGUGCUGCGCGCCGAUUUGAGCGCCAGCGAGGUGCUCAGCUCGUCACUGGGAGGCGACGCUGCUGCCCAUGCUGAUCUGUGGAUUCGUCUGUACUGGUAUCAGGAGCAGCUUAACGCACACGUGCACUUCAACGGUCACGAUCUCACUGGCAACCUUCCCCCCCUCAACCAGUCGAUCAACCUCGGCUUCAGAGGCCAGAACGGCCCCGUCGUGUGGAACAUCGAGGGCACGUGGACCGUUAAAAACCCGCAGCAGGUUGAGCUGGACCGUUGGAUCAUGGGCACGCGGAGAACGAUGGUUCCUGGAACGUCGAUGACGUUCCAAGAACUAAUCCAUAAAAUCGACAAGAAUCCCACCAAGUUUUACGGCACCAUCAGCACGGACAGCUACCCGGACGGCGCCGUUCGCGGGCAGUUCAUUCGAGGCUUUCCCAACAUGCUCUUGCCCGUCCCGCGGUGUAAUUAG